AUGCUAGAAGUGAGUUCAACCUCUUGGAGAAAUCCACAAUACAACGCCAUUAGAUUCGUUGUCACAAUUGGAAUCGCGAUUCUCUUUGGAAUCAUUUUUUGGGGGGAAGGAGAUAAUCUGAAACAACAACAAGAUUUAAGGAACUUGUUAGGUGCAAUGUAUGCAGCAAUCUUCUUCUUGGGAGCAACCAACACUUGCACCGUUCAACCAAUUGUCGCGAUAGAAAGAACUGUUUUCUAUCGCGAGAAAGCAGCUGGGAUGUACUCUGCACUACCCUAUGCAUUUGCUCAGGUGGCUAUUGAGACGAUUUAUGUGAUGAUACAAACGUUCUUAUAUAGUUUGAUCUUGUACACGAUGAUUGGAUUCCCAUUGAGUGCGACCAAGUUCUUGUUCUUGUGGUUCUACUACUUCGUGUUCAUGUCCGACUUCCUUGUGCCGGUUGCAAUGGGCCAUGUGGUCCAUGUCGGUUGGGUGUUAAUGUUCUUAUUUGUCUUUGUGUAUGGAAUUAAGUUCCUCAACUUCCAAAGGAGAUAA